UCAGUUUUGUGCCUGACUCCGUGUUCCAGCCACUCUCUGGAGCGUUUUCAGUAUCAUUUCAGCAGGAAAUCAGGAAUCUAUGGUCUUCAGUCCCGAACUCUGGUAUAGACGCUGUCGCGGUCAGGACUGCCGCUGCUUCCAAACUGGACUACAGCAAUGGAAACGAGGGUUUUGAUCCUGCUGUUAACCUUACACAUUUAUACAGAAGGCAACGAAACGCCAACAGGUGGUUGUACCUUCGAUGAAGACUCUGAUCCCAGCCUUUGUGAGUACAGCCAGGGCGAGGAAGAUGAUUUUGACUGGCAGCUGGUCAACACCUAUCCAGCGCCGCACUCCACUUCUGACCUCCUGCACGGCUCCUACAUGAUGGUGAACUCCUCCCAGCAUGCCUCAGGGCAGCGUGCCCGGCUGCUCCUGCAGAGGCUCAGUGAGAAUGACACGCACUGCGUCCAGUUCAGCUACUUCCUGUACAGCCGGGAUGGGCACAGCCCCGGAGCUCUGCAUGCUUUCGUCCGGGUUAACAAUGGCCCACUGGGUAGCUCUGUCUGGAACAUCUCGGGCUCACAUGGGCGGCAGUGGCACCAGGUGGAGCUGGCCGUGAGCACCUUCUGGCCAAAUGAGUACCAGGUCCUUUUCGAGGCCACAGUCUCCAAGGAGCGUCGUGGAUACAUCGGGAUGGAUGACAUCUUGAUUCUGAACUAUCCGUGCUAUAAAGCCCCCCACUUCUCACGGCUGGGGGAUGUGGAGGUGAACGCGGGACAGAAUGCCACGUUCCAGUGUGUGGCAUCAGGACGAGCCUCGGAGACGGAGAGAUUCCUCCUGGAGAGACACAAUGGGGACCUGACUGCAGCCUCUCAGGUAAAACACCUGAGUCACCGGCGCUUCCUGGCCUCAUUCCAGCUGGACGCUGUGAAGGAGGACGGGGAGGACCUGUACCGCUGUGUCACGCAGUCCCUCCGCGGAUCUGGGGUUUCCAACUUCGCAGAGCUCGUUGUAAAAGUGCCCCCGUCACCGAUCGCUCCUCCCCAGCUGCUGAGGGCUGGCUCCACCUACCUGAUCAUCCAGCUGAAUACCAACUCUAUCCUGGGCGACGGGCCCAUCAUCCGCCGUGAAAUCGAAUACCGGGCCAGCCAGGCGCCUUGGUCCGAGGUGCACGCGGUCAGCAUGGCCACCUACAAGCUGUGGCACCUGGACCCUGAUACAGAGUACCUCAUAAGCGUCUUGCUGAGCCGUCCCGGAGAAGGGGGCACAGGCAGGCCCGGACCACCGCUCAUCAGCCGUACCAAGUGUGCAGAACCCAUGCGGGCGCUAAGGGGACUGACGGCUUUAGAGAUCCAGUCCCGCCAGCUGACUUUGCAGUGGGAGCUGCCGGGCUACAACCUCACUCGUUGCCACACCUACUCUGUGUCUCUGUGCUACCACUACGGGAUAGGUGGUAGCGACAGGCACAACACCACAGUGCGGGAGUGCCUGACCAUGGAUCACAAUACCUCCCAGUACACCCUCCAGGACCUGCCUCCCUACCGCACCGUCCACAUCCAGAUGGCACUCUCCAACCCCGAGGGCAAGAGAGAGAGCAAGGAGGCCACCUUUCAGACUGAAGAGGACCUUCCGGGUGGCAUCGCAUCCGAUUCCCUCUCUUUCACCCCCCUGGAAGACAUGAUUUUCCUGAAAUGGGAGGAACCACUGGAACCAAAUGGACUCAUAACCCAGUAUGAGAUCAGUUACCAGAGUAUCGAAUCUUCAGACCCUGGAGUCAGCGUGCCCGGCCCUCGCCGCACCGUCUCCAAGCUGCACAAUGAGACCUACCACAUGUUCUCCAACCUGCAGCCUGGGACCACCUACCUGUUCUCCGUCCGGGCCCGCACUGGCAAGGGCUUUGGCCAAACAGCCCUCACCGAGAUCACCACCAACAUCUCCGCUCCUGUGUUUGAUUACGGAGACAUACCUCCACCUCUCGGCGAAUCAGAAAGUACCAUUACUGUACUUCUGAGGCCUGCCCAAAGCAGGGGAGCUCCAGUCAGCAUGUACCAGGUGGUUGUGGAGGAAGACAGACCCAAGAAGGUGAAGCGAGAGCUGGGAAACUUGGAGUGUUUCCCUGUCCCCACUACACACCAGGAGGCCCAAGCCAAGGGAGGCGUACACUACUACACCGCCGAAAUACCGCCCAGCAGCCUGCCAGAGGCCAUGCCCUUCACCGUUGGAGACAACCACACGUACAAUGGCUACUGGAACACACCACUUGACCCCAGGAAGGCCUUCCUCAUCUACUUCCAGGCCCUGAGCAAUUUCAAAGGGGAAACAAGAAUCAACUGCGUUAGAAUUGCUCGUAAAGCUGCCUGCAAGGAUGCGAAGCGUGCCUUGGAGGUGUCCCAGCACUCGGAGGAGAUGGGUCUGAUUCUGGGCAUCUGUGUCGGGGGGCUGGUGGCUCUCAUCCUGCUCCUGGGUGCAGUCAUCAUCAUCAUCAAGAAGGGAAGGGACUACUAUUCCUACUCUUACUACCCUAAACCAGUGAACAUCAACAAGACGCCCAUCACCUCCCGGCAGGAGAAGACACACAUGAUUGGCUCGAUGGACAGGAGCUUCACUGAUCAGAGCACACUGCAGGAAGACGAGCGCAUGGCCCUGUCCUUCAUGGAUGCUCAGAACUGCAGCAACAGAAGCGAGCAGCGCAGCACAGUGAAUGAGUCGAGCAGCCUCCUGGGGGGCUCCCCGCGACGGCAGUGCGGGCGGAAGGGGUCCCCCUAUCACACGGGACAGCUGCACCCCGCUGUCCGCGUGGCUGACCUGCUCCAGCACAUCAACCAGAUGAAGACCGCUGAGGGCUAUGGGUUCAAACAGGAGUACGAGAGUUUCUUUGAUGGCUGGGAUGUAUCCAAGAAAAAGGACAAGACAAAGGGUAGACAUGACAGUCUUCUGGCUCAUGAUCGCCAUCGAGUCAAGCUGCACCCAAUACUAGGGGACCCGAACUCGGACUACAUUAACGCCAAUUAUAUUGACAUUCGGAUAAACAGAGAAGGUUAUCACAGAUCAAAUCACUUCAUAGCAACACAAGGUCCCAAACAGGAGUCGGUGUAUGACUUCUGGAGGAUGGUGUGGCAGGAGAACUGCUUCAGCAUAGUCAUGAUCACCAAGCUGGUGGAAGUUGGGAGGGUGAAAUGCUGCAAGUAUUGGCCUGAUGAUACAGAAAUAUACGGGGACAUUAAGAUUACACUUCUGAAUACAGAGACGUUGUCGGAGUAUACAGUUCGUACAUUCACCCUGGAGAGGAGGGGUUACUCAGCAAAACAUGAAGUGCACCAGUUCCACUUCACAUCGUGGCCUGACCACGGGGUACCCUACCACGCCACGGGGCUGCUGGCCUUCAUUCGCAGAGUCAAGGCCUCCACGCCGCCCGACGCCGGCCCAGUCGUCGUGCACUGCAGUGUUGGGGCUGGAAGGACAGGUUGCUACAUCGUCCUGGAUGUCAUGCUGGAUAUGGCAGAGUGUGAGGGAGUGGUGGACGUUUACAACUGUGUCAAGACUCUCUGCUCGCGACGCAUAAACAUGAUCCAGACAGAGGAGCAGUACGUUUUCAUCCACGAUGCCAUCCUGGAGGCCUGUCUGUGUGGCGAAACCGCUAUCCCCGUCAGUGAAUUCAGUCUUACCUACAAGGAGAUGCUGAGAGUGGAUUCCCAAAGCAACUCGUCACAGCUGAGAGAGGAGUUUCAGACCCUGAACUCGGUGACCCCUCACCUGGACGUAGAAGAAUGCAGCAUUGCUCUGCUUCCACGGAACCGCGAGAAGAACCGCACAAUGGACGUGCUGCCUCCAGACCGCUGCCUGCCCUUCCUCGUCACCACUGAUGGGGAGAGCAACAACUACAUCAAUGCAGCUUUGACCGACAGCUUCAACAGGCCCGCAGCCUUCAUCGUAACCCUGCACCCCCUCCCCGCCACCACCGCUGACUUCUGGAGGCUUGUCUUUGACUACGGCUGCACCUCCCUCGUCAUGCUCAACCAAGUCAAUCAGUCCAACUCGCCAUGGCCCUGUAUGCAGUAUUGGCCUGAGCCAGGACUCCAGCAGUAUGGCCCUAUGCAGGUUGAGUUCCUGUCCCACUCUGCUGACGAUGAUGUCAUCACACGCCUCUUCCGUGUUCAGAAUAUGACACGGUUACAGGAGGGUCAUCUGGUGGUCCGGCAUUUCCAGUACUUGCGGUGGUCCGGCUACCGAGAGGUCCCGGACUCCAAAAAAUCAUUCCUGAACCUGCUGGCACACGUGGACAAGUGGCAGAGAGAAUGUGGCGAGGGGAGAACCGUUGUCCAUUGUCUGAAUGGUGGGGGCCGCAGUGGGACGUUCUGUGCCUGCACUAUGAUUCUGGAGAUGAUUCAGUACCAGCACAUGGUGGAUGUGUUCUACACAGUCAAGACAUUGCGCAACUCCAAACCCAACAUGGUGGAGUCUCUGGAACAGUAUCGCUUCUGCUAUGACUUGGCCCUUGAGUACCUGGAGACCAUCGAUGUGAGAUAGCAGACAGUGACCUGUCAACCAAAAAAAAAACUGGACUACUGCCUGUGUGAAAUAGUUAACACUUAUUAACUCAACUUGGAUUAUGGGCUAAACUGCAGUUCGAGACAGGAUGGGAAGGAGAGGGAUCCACAGAGAUUUUGUCCUCUCCACAUCUUUCCUCUUUGUAUUUUCCUUGCCACUUACUAUUUCAGCCAUAAGUAUGACUUUGUAUGUUUACUGUGGCCUCUCCCUUAUUAAUGAAUGGUGCUUUAAAAAGCUUGGAUAUCUCCACAAGAUUUAUUGAGUGAUUGGUGGAAAAUUGGAGUGUUGGACAAGAAGAGCCAAGGAUAUAGACCAAGAUGAUGUCUUGUGCUUUUGAAGGACCACUUUUUUUACCACUACAUUGAUGUGUGCUGGUACUACCACUCUUCAGAAUGACUGAGGAGGGGUCAAGAUUUACAUUGCCAGUUGUCUUGUUCUAAGGACAUGACUUGCGAGUUGUAUUGAAAACUAGAAUUUAAACAUUUGCUGGGAUGUAGUGGUGAUCCAGCAUCUAAGGAGAAUGCUAAAGGUAAAAGUAACACACUUAAGGGACUGUUCCACAUCUGGGUUGCUGUUUUUCACCAAACAGUAACAUAAACCCAGUCAUGUAGAACCAGAACUGCAAUGUAUAUGUAUUUCAUUAUUUGCAAAAGUUUCUAUAUGUUGUCUGAUGUCCAAGUUUCAUAUACAGUGCAGGACCAUAUUGAAAAAAUCAGAAAAUGCUAUGUAUUUAUUUGAUCGCUGAUGUUUUAAAGAAACGAAUAUGGUCUGUUGCCAUACUCAGUUUUGUUUCAAUAAUUAUCAUCCAAGCAACUGAAGCCAUUAAAGGCUGAAGAUACCAUUGUCUAUGACUGAUCCAAUCGAGUCAAGACAAAAGUCUUAAUUUACUUAAGGCUUUGUAAAUGUAUUUAUUGAUCAGCUUAUUUAUUUUAUGCACUGAUUGCUAUGCCUGGGCUCAAUGUGUUCUCAUUUAUUUUCUUCAGAGCUGUAGAUAACCUUGUUGUCUCCCUCUUGAAAACUGUUGAAGAUGUGCAAAUAAUUUGACUACUUGAAUUGUAAUAAUCUUUUUUUUUUCUUAACUCACAAGGAGAUCUGAUUUAUGUUAAAAAAAAAAAAAAAAAAAAAAAAUCAAUUGACUGACAGCUACUUUGGAGAAAGUGGUUAUUGACCCCUUCAAACCGUAAUAUGUUGUUUUAACCAAAAUUGUUUUGCAAAAGCCAAUACUAUUCAAAGCAUUCUAUAAAAACCAUGCCAUAUAGAAAACUGGGGGGAAAAAAAAACAACUUCUGUCAUUCAGUAUCAUAAUAAUUCAGGUUAGCACCACAGAGUUUCUGUUCUGACAAAAAGGAAAGCUUGCACUGUGCGACUAACAAAACAGAAAUCAUUAAGUUCAGUUGAACACAAUUCACAAAGCCUUUUACUCCAAUGCAUCAUUAGCAUCAGGUGAAAAAUGAAUACUGGAAUUCUUACAUUUUCUACAUUGUUCAUGGAUAGUUUUGUAACUUUGACUGGUGUUUUUAUGUUUAAAAAAAAAAAAAAAAUGCUAAUGACCACUUGGAGUUAAGCCUUUGUGAAUUUGCCUUUUUUAUUGUCUUGAUAACAACCAAAAACAGUUUGAUACAGUUCCUCUGGAAUCUCAACACAAAACCAUUCAAACACACGUGAAGAAACAUUUUCAGUUUUUUUUUUUUUAUUUUAACACGAGGGCCUUCAUUUUUUUUUUUUUUCGCAAAAUGUUAAAAAUAUUCAGAAGUGCAGGUUCGCCCAGUUUGGACAAAGAGUUGAAAUCCCACGUCUGGUAUUGCAUAAAUGUAAUCGCAUGCACAUUAAAUUUGUGUAAUUUUUUGGAUAAAUAAAAUAAAAAUCUAUACUGAAUUAUUUGCACAUCUCCACUAAACAUCCACAUUUCCAAGAUUGUUCCAAAGGGCCUUUCCAAAGGAUGCUGUGAUUUCAUCUGUUAAUCUCAUCGUUCAACAUGCCUCGCAUGUCUGUUUAAUUCCGUUCAGCUUCCAUUAUUUGUAACCAAUCAGAGACUCGAUCUCAAGAAGCCCUCCAAUAGAGUGCUUUUACUUCUGUAUAAAUUACUGCAGCAUCCAUGUGUAUGUACAACACCUAUAAAACAGAUUUUGCUUACAAAAACAUCUAUUUUUCACAAUGGUUAAUGGCUAAUGUUUAACCUCUAAACUGUUAACAUCAUUCCAAAGAUUAAUUACUUUAGACAUGCCAACAGAUAUAUUUGUGAGCAGUGUGUUUCUCAUUUCAAAGGAUUUCCCACAGGUGUAUUCAUAAGCUAGGAAAUGCCAAUACUGUAAAGACUGUGUUAGCUGUCGUGUUCUUAUAUUAUCUAGUGGGUACAUAUAUUCUGAUCCAGAGAAACGUGACAAAAAGAAGUCUUGUUAAAACUCCUAAUUUGUCAAUUUUACUUGGAUUCAUUUGGUGAUCUUUUAGUGUAGUGUUGUAUUGGAAAACUGGAGGUAUUAAACAAAAGGAAGGGGUUUAAUGUUAUUAGUGAUAUGAUUUCCAAAUGUCUAUAUUUGCAUAGUAUGUUUUGAGAUUCUUCAGACAAGAGGAGGAGUUUGGUUGUAGAUUUAGUUUAAAUAUCACAGUGCCUCAAAGCAAGGAAAAUAUGGGACCCAGUGCUUGACUGUGAUCCUUUUAAGCUGGGUAGUAAACCUCUUCCUUGUGACUCCGAGGCAAACUAUAGUGAUGUGCACAGAUUCGAAACCUGAUCCCCAAAACCAUAUUUGGAUUUGGUCCAAUUUGUGUAGGGUGAUUUUUUUUCCUGACUCAUUCAAACUCUUGAUUGUUUAGAACUUAGACCCAAUGAGAAGCAAGGGGAGGUGAGGCUUUCAACUGCCUGAAAGCGAUGUCCAUCAACCUGGCCUCUGCACUUUCGUUCAUCCUACAACCCUCUCAACUCGCUUUACAGCCAAUGAACAUGCUUUAAUCCUGUUUAUCUCGAUUUUAACAGAAAGAGAGUGUUAAAACAAACCAGAACACAAAUCCUUAAUAUUGUAAACUUAUAAAACCAAACUGAACCAAAUGUUGAAACUGAACACUGUUUACACUCCUAGUGGUUAUGGAAGCCUGACAGAAUACCCCACUUUGAAUGUGUUUAUUUCAAUGAUAUUGAUGAUGUAUGUAACUAGUCUGUUGCUGGGCAGAAGAAACCUAAUCAAACAUAACUGGAACACUCCUGAUUUAUUAAAUGUAGUUGACUUUUAACUGUA